AUGGAAUUGCCGCACUACAUUCAAAUUUCGAACUGUCACGUGCCCCGAUCACCAUACAUGUACUAUGCGGACAACAGCAGUGUUGAACAAAUGCUCAAUCGCGUUAACAGCUGCUUUUGGCGGCAACUCGCUGGCGUUUCCCCCCUCCCCCUUCAAAAAAGCAACAUAACACCACCGGUGGGAACAGCUUUUGAGAUGGGUGGCCCCAGGGCGUACAACAUGUUGCGAAGAGAAUAAAGUAGACCGCCCACCCCCCACCGUGUUUCCCCCCGAUCACAUAAACUACGAAUGCAAGUUGUCGCGGUGAGACACACAAUAAACAACGAUACACAGGAGCUGAGAGGUUCAUGGCCUCUUGGCACAAGGGCAAGGAGGAGGCCAGCCGACAACGAGCCAUCAAACGAGGAGACAGCGGGCCCAAAAAUAGUCUAGAUACGGCACCAAUCAACGGGGCGGUAGGGGGGCGGAAGGAAACGGCGCGGCGGGAAGAAAGCAAGCGAGAAGAGACCGACCGCGUGACGUGACAUGUUGCGGUCGAAUUUCAACGACUAAUUUUUCUGUUGCCCUCUCCCCCGUUUGCUGUCGCGUUCAGACUGUCUCUAGGGAUAUCCCUGUCUCUGUGCGAGUUUGUUUGUGUCCUCGUCUUUGCUUUAUUCUGUUUUAUUUUGUCUUUUGUUUUGUUUUUUACUGGCACGUACCCCCGCCCCUUCCUUUGGCCGUCGACCUGCCUCCAUGUAGUGGGAGGCUACCCCCCCAGGCUGGUGGUGCGGCCGUUCCACUCGUCUAAUUAUUUAUUUUAUUUUAUUUAAAUUGUUUCUGAUUCUAUUUUGUUUUCUUGUAUUUUAUCGCUCUGCUGACCCUUGGGGUCCAUUUUAUUUUGGUAUACCUUUUCUAGGUACGUUAGCCUGUGACCACGGAAAUUGGCCGAGUCAAGUGAUGGAUUAGUACGGAGAGAUUGAGACAGAAGGAGGUACUGGAUAGAGAGACCGGGAUGGUUUUUAAUGUGAAGACAACAACAACAACAACAACACUCAUGCACCAAGUCAAAACUGUAGUCACAAACCCUUGUGCGUUUCGCAGUGUGUCGUUCUGCCCUCGGUACGGUGAUCCCCUCCCUGGUCGACCUACUCUACAACGAUGAUGGAACUUAUGUGCAUGUGGCACACCGGUGCUGUGUCACUUUGGCCGAUUGGCAUGACUUCCGGAACAAUAUUCUAAAUCUCAGCGAAAUAAACAGUGGUGUGUAUUCUUNAGACCGGGAUGGUUUUUAAUGUGAAGACAACAACAACAACAACAACACUCAUGCACCAAGUCAAAACUGUAGUCACAAACCCUUGUGCGUUUCGCAGUGUGUCGUUCUGCCCUCGGUACGGUGAUCCCCUCCCUGGUCGACCUACUCUACAACGAUGAUGGAACUUAUGUGCAUGUGGCACACCGGUGCUGUGUCACUUUGGCCGAUUGGCAUGACUUCCGGAACAAUAUUCUAAAUCUCAGCGAAAUAAACAGUGGUGUGUAUUCUUGAAAUAGUUUCCGCGCCACGGCCCUUCGAAAUAAGUCGGAUAGAAGAAAACCGAUCGAAAAUAGUAAGACCAGUGGCGACAUGGGAGUGAACCGCUACCCGUCAACAUUCGAAAUAUGUGUCACCUUUGCGCGUACACACGAGCGAGAGUGCGUUACGAUCGCUGCCAAUCUCACCCGUUCUUCCUACCUCUCUCUACCUUGUUCCCGUGCACCCCUGGCCCAGUUUCGUCGAAGGACAACCUGGGGACCAACUACCGUCGGGCAGCCAAGACGAAGACGCCAUCGAGUACCUUCUGGACGGAGUCUACCACAUGAAUCCGGAACGGGGAACGCAGAGGACCCGAUCGAGUUGGAAGAGAGAGGUGGCGGUGAGGGAGAGGGUUGGGAAGAUGACUCUGGGGAAUCGUCACCGACGGAGAGCGAGGACGGCUGGAGGAGUGGAAAGCAGCGGUGAUGACUCACCGGCGGGGGAGGGGGGGAUGAAAAAGGAGCCAGAAGACGAUACGCCGGGCAACGGGGAUGAUGUCCCCUACGAAGAAAUCGCACGAGAAGAGGCCGGUUUUCCGCAGAGGCCCAACAAGUGGAUGCACCAGUAUCUCCUGACAUUCUGUUCGUCAUCGCCCGCUACGGCAACGCCUACUUCCUCUGCUGCGGUAGUUGCCCCGUCGUCAUGGGUGCAACACGGUCUGCAACACGGUCCGCCCUCCCGGGAUUCACCGGGGCGCGGAAGAGGGUUGGUGUUGGUGGGAGAGCGGCACGUCCCCUUGCUAGCGCGGCUGGACACGUGAGAAUUUAGAGAGAGUUUGUGUGUGUGCGUUUUUUUUGUGUACGGGCUAUGGCAGCCAUGCUUGUCAUGCCCUCUCCCCCUCUGUCCCCUUGUGCCCAAGUUUUUUUGUAAAGACGUUGUUUGCACCGUCCGGCAUGCCUUCUCUUUGGGUGUUUUUUUUCUUGUAGCGAUUGUGUGUUUUUUUUGGCGUACGGGCCACGGCAGUAACGCUUGUCAUGCCCCCCCCCUCCCCUUUGUUCCCACGUUUUUUGUAAAGACGUCGUUGCACCGUCCGACAUGUCUUCUCUUUGGGUAUGUUCAUUUGUCUUGUAGCGUUUGGUUUAUUUUUGUGUACGGGCUGUGGCAGCCAUGCUUGUCAUGCCCUCCCCCCCUCGGUCCCCUUGUGCCCAAGUUUUAUUGUAAAGACGUUGUUUGCACCGUCCGACAUGCCUUCUCUUUGGGUGUUUUUUUUCUUGUAAACGGUUGUGAUUUUUUUUGGCGUACGGGCUACGGCAGUAACGCUUGUCAUGCCCCCCCCCCCUUCGUCCCCACGUUUUCCNCCCCCCCCCCCCCCCCCCCCUUCGUCCCCACGUUUUCCUGUAAAGACUUUGUUGCACCAUCCGACAAUGUCUUCUCUUUGGGUGUUGAGUUUUUUCUUGUCAACUGUUGUGUGUUUAAUUUUGCGUAUGGGCUUCGGCAGCCAUGCUUGUCAUGCCCUCUCCCCCUCGGUCCCCUUGUGCCCAAAUUUUAUCGUAAAGGCGUUUUGUUUGCACCGUCCGAUAUGCCUUCUCUUUGGGUGUUUGUUUUUUUUCUUGUAAACGGUUGUGAUUUUUUUUGCUUGUGAUCUGCGGCAGUAAUGCUUGUCAUGCCCCCCCCCCUUCCCCACGUUGCUAGCAAAGACGUUAUUGCACCCUGUUCCCCCGACCCUGUUAUGCCGGUUGUUUCGCCGUGCGUGUGUGUGACCAGCGUCGUCUGCACGGUCUUCGCGCUCAUCAACGACAUCUGGUAGAUGCUUGCAAAGCAGUUGCCCCUGCCGAGUAUGGUCAGCCAGGCCAGUACCUGCACCAGCAAGUGCAUCAAGGAAUGUACACACGGGAUAUCGCGGUGUCAAUUAGUGAUGUGAUGUGGUUGCGUGUACCGUAUGUCGUGUGGAAGCAUCUAACGGGCGGGAGGACUGAGCAUUGCGCCGUACGCUAGCCAACAGAACGACUGCCAGUUUAGCUAUGCGAUGUCGCGCCGACUGCAGCGCUCUUCUCCUGCGUUAUCUCGGACGCCAGUUCAACCCGAUGUGACUUCACAACGGUGGUGCUGCAGUUGUACAUAGCAGCAGUUGAACCAAAAGUUUACAUCAUGCUGUACCUACAGACAACACCGACGAAACACUGUCCGGUGAACAUAUGCUGUUGUGCACGACAGCAGAGCGGCCGGGUGCACUUUUUUCGAGGGUUGGAGAGCACGGCCGGUGGUCACCAACCGCGUCUCGUCAACGACAUGCCCAGGAGACGGCAUGCAGCUGAUACACAAUACAACAUGCGCCUGGUUCCUCCGCCUAAUGCACUCUACACAACAGCAGCAGCAGCAGUCCCCUCCUUGUUGGUUGUGGACAGAGCACCUGAACUGCUGUACGUUUUGAGUAACGUGUUCGAGCCCGACUGAACACGGGGCUAUUUUGCCAGUUGUCAUUUUUUUUUUUUUCUUAAUAUAACACAACGAGUCCAUCUCUAUCAUAGAGAAGAGUCAGAGACAGAUUAACAAUGGAAUCAUAGCGUCAGAGAAAACUACCUGUGUGUCUACGAUUUCCCAGACAGCAUAUAGGGACAUCUCCCCUGUGGGUAACAGGCUCAACAAAUCAGUUUGGUAGCUGUCUUGUGUGUCUCAUAUAUGUUAUGUUGGGAAGGUGCAGACGAGAGGUGUUGGGUACUGUUGGUUAGUCGGGCGUUUUGUGUGUGGCACCCUGUUAGUUGUAGGACAUAACAGUCUCCAUCAGUUUACAUACGUAUUUUUAGUUUGGUAUGCAUAUGUGCGGAGUAUGUGCGCCUGAU